AUGCGCCAUAAACCUAGCAAAUCAAAGGGCUCGCGGGUUGCGGCGCCAACCUCGGGCCCGACUCCUAUCUCUUCCGUCCUUACCACUCCGCUUAGUUCGGCCUACCCUUCGGCCAACGUUUCCGAAGCCGAGCACGACAUUUUAGACGAGGUAUCGAAUUUACCGAUUGGCGCUCUUACUCUGGGUGCUUCGGUAUCGACCCUGCGCAAACCGAAACGGGAGAAGCCGCGACCUUUUCGAUUCCUCGAACUACCAACGGAAUUGCGCCUAAAGGUGUACGAGUACCAUUUCGUUAAUACCGGCGGCGUCCUCGACCUUGAUCCGGACAACCAUAAGAGGAUCCAUCAAAAACUAGCCAUCCUGCGAACCUGUAGUACUAUAUACCAGGAAGCAUCCUACUUUUUCUACAGCACACACCCUGUGCGAAUCUUUCCGACGCACCCUGGACGUUACUUCAAAACCAAGAAACCGCUCUUGGCCCGUAUGAAGCCAUGUCAACGAGCCAGCCUAACCUCUCUCGAGCUACGCUUGGGGCCGGGUUGGAGUAACCCUCCUAAGGGCUGGGCGGUAAAUGAGGCGUUGGGAUUAUCGGACUGCGUAAAUACUACCAAGAUCACAGUUUACAUCGAGUGCGAUCCAGGAAACGACUUCUUCCAGGGGUUCCGUCAACCGGACAACUUCUAUGAACGAUUCUCGAAAAAUCUGUUGACCAAUGUUCUCAACGAGAUGCCGUGGGUCGAACGCAUCGAGUUUGAAGCAUGGCUCAACGUGAAGAAGUCAGGUGCUCUUAUGCGCGGGCUAAUCGACCUUGUGCAAUCCCGAGGACUGAAGAUUAUCUGGGGUAAGGAGAGAGGAUGGACCGAUGCGGACGAGGUGGAACCACCUCCGGUGUUGGACCUCAAUGCUCCUCUGAUCCAGAAUCAACAAGGCAAUGCGGGUAUCAUGGUCGCAGCGUAA